AUGCAAGAAUGGGAUCAAAGAGCAAUUGUCAAGGCAGCACAGGAGAAAGGAGUAGAAUGGUACUUCCAACCCUUUAAGAAAUGGCAUUUUCAACCACCAACCGCAAGUCAUAUGUCUGGUGUGUGGGAACGACUAAUUCGAAGUGUGCGCAAAGUCAUGAAGGCUAUCCUCGGACAUCCACAUGCCUUUGUGGAUCGUGAGACGUUGCGGACACUUUUCGCUGAAGUUGUUGGUAUCCUUAACACCUGUCCGUUGUGUCCAAGCAGUGAUGAUCCAAAAGAUAUGGAACCGCUAACGCCAAGCCAUUUCCUGCAGCAACGUCAAGGAUUGGCUAUUCCUCCUGGAGUGUUCGAAGAUUCAGAGAUGUUCUCACGUAAGAAAUGGAAGAGAGCGCAGGUGCUAGCAAAUCAAUUUUGGGCUCGCUGGGUUCGAGAGUAUCUUCCCAUUCUUCAAGUAAGGAAAAAGUGGCUUGUGCCGAAAAGAAAUCUUCAAGUGAAUGAUCUCGUGUUGGUCGUUGACUCAACCCAGCCAAGAAGUCAUUGGAAUCUAGGACAUGUGACGAAGGUGUUUCCUGGCACGGACGGUUUAGUACGCACAGCCGAAGUAAAGACCCAGUCGUCGUUACUAGUGAGACCUAUCGCAAAGCUUUGCUUGUUAGAAGAGACGAAAUGA